CACUGGCUUGGUGAUGUGUACGUCACACCAGUUUACGGAAGCGUAACCAGCCACUACAAAAAUGGAGGACGACAUCUCGGAUUUGAGCAGACCACAAAUGUACUUGUUUGGUUGCACCCUCAAGUCGGACAAAAGGGAGUUCAAAGUUGAAGUAGACGACGAUGAUACGGAGCAACAGCUGUCACUCAAAGCAGUGUGUCUUGGAGCCGAGGCUGAGGAUAAGUUCCACAUGGUGGAAGUCGAGGGCCUAACUUAUGAUGGAAAAACGACCAAAGUGCCGCUGGUUGUCCUGAAACCGUCUGUCCUGCCCUCUAUAAGUUUAGGUGGAUUUGAAAUCACACCUCCAAUUACCUUCCGUCUCCAGUCUGGCUCCGGACCAGUUCACAUCAGCGGGCAGCAUUUUGUUAGUGUGAAGGAUUCAGAGGAUGAAGAAGAGGAGAACAAUACGUCACCUGUGAAGAGGCCUGCGAGCCUGAUGUCGGAGAAGAAGCCUCCAUUGAAAAAACUGAAGAUGGAUUCUGAUGACGAUGAAGACGACAGCGACGAGGAUGAUGAUGAUGAUGAUGAAGAUGAUGACGACAGCGAUGAAAAUGAUGUGAAGCCUCAGAAGAAUGUCGGAAAAGAGUUAAAAAAAACCCCAGCGUCUUCACCAAAGAAGCCCGACAAGACUCCGGUAAAACAAAAUGGCCCCGCAGGAAAACCAUCAGGAUCAGCGGUCAAACCGCAGAUUAAGACACCUGCCCCAGGAAAAGACAAACCCCAGGCUGGCCCGUCUAAAUCUCCCUCUCUGACUGAGAUUAAAAGCAAGUUGUCAACGGCAGCCAUGGAGGGUAAGCCACUACCGAAGACGGAGCAGAAGUUUGAGAAUUUUGUGAGGAGUUCUUUUAAAAUCUCAGACAAAAAAGUGGUCAAGGACCUUUGGAGUUUUGUACAAACUCUGAAGAUUGAGAAGAAGUAACAAACCUUGUAUCUUGAAGCAUUUGUAUGUUUUGCAUCCUGCAAGACAUUUAAAGGCACAGUCAGCGAGAUUUCCUACUUGGCCUUAUUAUGUCAUCAUUGCUUACAAUGACUUGGAGUGAACAGAAGGACUUAAAAUGGGUAAAUCCAUUAAUAAUUCAGGUGUCAUUGUUUUUUUAGAUGCGAAGCACCUCCUGGAGCUAGUUCAUAAUUCACUCACAAUCUCACUCAUCCACGUUUGGCAGACUGCGGUUUCCAGAAGGGGAAGCUGUCCAUAUCACAUGUCAAUCUGCCCCUCCUAUAGGUGAGGAAGGUAAUAGCACAUCCAAUUAGGACCUUCAGAUGUCUAUGUUGCUUUCCUACAGGAAAGAAAUAGCUGCUGCAAUUUUAAGACUUGAACCAUUUUCAGGCAAUAAAUGUUACACAUGCAGAUUUUUAUAACUGCAACAAAUGCCGGACAGACCGUCAAGUUAGUCAUUGCUUUUUUUGCCUUUUCAGGCCAUUCGGAACAUUUUCAGAUCCUACACACAUGUUUUUCGAUGUAAAAUAUAAAUCAUCAAAGCAAAUGCAGGUAGUGUAACUGUCAAAUUACAGAAGCUAUUCCUUUCCGUGCCUGAGAAGGUGAGAUCAGCAUGCCUACAUCUACUUUCUUCACAUAUAGUUUUUGCAUGUUACAUUGGAACUGCAGGUAUGAAACUGCUGGUGCUGCAGCAGCUUUGCAAUUUGAUGAUGGCUGAGCCUGGUUUCAGGUGCUUCGCAUCCACGACACUGUGUGUCCUUGUUAAGUCAACAAUGCAAUAGGAAAUAUAUUGCAGAAUGUGCCUUUAAAUAUCUCUACUGUAAACAGAUUAAUCAAGAGUCCCAAUUUGUGUGAAUUUCAGCAGUAUGUACAAGGGUUGUUAAUACAGGGGGACAAUGACGAUAUAUUUUUUUCUAGAAAACAUUUUGUUAUUUUUGGUUCUGUCUGGCUUUACAAAGCAUUUUUAGCUUGCUUACAGAUUGUGCUAUGAAUUUAUCUGGCAUAAUUGCUCUAUACAUAUUGUACGGAAAUUCAUCAGCAUAUGUCAAGAUAACUGUUUUUUAUUUUGUCACUCACUCUUCUCAUGUCAACUCCUGCAGCAGAAGCUUGGCCAACAACACCAAGGGUUACUUUUGUGUUUCCUGCUGUGAUAAAACAAAAAAGGAAUGCAAUCUAGAAACCAUACAGUAUAUUCACUGAAUGUGUGCAGUUUUAACCUUGCUACUCUUACAUAUCUUUACCAGUUAAUCUGUUGAGUGAAAAAGAAAUGUUUCAUCACAUUUUUACCAGGAACACACCUGACAUUUCUGGACAAGAGCAGUUUCAGUCUUUGCUUUUUUUUAAUACUUUCAGUACGGACGUAGUUAAGUUUAUAUUAGGAUCAUGAACUUGCAGAUCCUGCACAUUUCACAUACCUAUUGACUGGAUCUGUUUCAGAUGGCAUAUUUUGGAGUGUGAAUUCAUUUUAAGCCCAUUAACAUCUGUGAUACUGAGAGGGUAUUCAUUACAGUGAUUAUAGCCAAAAUCAUGUGUACCAAAAAUGUUCAUAAGAGAAGUACAGAAAACAUUCUAAGUAUUAUGAGCUCUAUAAAACCAACACAGAUACCCCAACUAUAAUGUUUUUCUUUAAUAUAAUAUACAUUUAAUAAAAAAAGUUAAAAACAAGGCAAAUCGAUCGUUAACUAGCUCCGGGGGUAUAUUUACGAUGUGGCACUAACAGUGUUUCAAUGUACUCUAAUUUACUAAAAACAGAUUACCAGCCUAUGAUUAAAGCAGCUUAUUUUAUUUAUUACAACAUAAUAAUAAGGUGUAUACAUCAGAAAAUUACAUCAAAGUAACCUUGCGUCACCUUCACAGAAACCCCAUAAAGAACUCAACUGGAUAAUUGUUUCAUUGUUGUCUCAUAUCGGCACUCUGAUGACAAUAAGCAUACACUCGCUCUGUGCUUAUAAUAUGUUUAUGGUCCUAUAUAAUGCCUUUUAUGAGCCAAAUGUUGGCAGAUGGAUACCGUUUUUAACAAAUCAAAUUGCUUGGUUCAGCGUGUUGUCUGUAAAGGAUAUUUGAAAUUCCAUAUCUGUAAACUGUACUAUAACUAGGUCAUGAAAGUUGCCCUGGAAAUUGACCUACAUUUUGAAUAUGUGUAAUGUUCUCCUGUGAGGUUUCAGAACGAGCAGGUUGCCAUCACUAGGAUUUAUUUUGGGCUUGUGUGUGAGUUCAUGGUGGAGUCCUUCAUUAUGGAAAAUAAUACUUCCCUAAAUGAACUUUCUGUAAAUAAGUGCGGCAGCUGAACAGUGAUAUUUUUAAGUGUAUGCUUAAUUCGCCCUUGCUAAUAGCUGGUUUUGCAGCUUGGAUCUGUUGUCAUGAUCUUUAUUUGAAAUAUUGUGUUCUAGUUUGGUAUAUAAGUGUUUUAUGUUGAGUAUAAAACCCCCUUUAAAAUGUUGGAAAUAUUGUCCUGUUUUUGUUGACUUUUCACUUUAGUUCUGCUGUUGUCAUCUUUAAGUUGUCCUUUAAUUCUGUACGGAGUAAUUUUGAAGCCAGUACCUAAAUAUUUCCAAGUGGAGGGGGAAAAAAAGAGAUUGUUAUCUUUGUUGAUAACCUGAUGUUUAAGGCUCAUUAUUUUUUAAUUAAUACAAAAAUGUGGUUGAAAUUUGGCUGUCACAAAAAAUAUUUAUCAGCAAACACUAGUUUUACUCCUAACAAUGCAUGGAAGAACAGCAUUGUAAAGUUAAGUUUUCUGGAUUGUGAGUAGUAGUAAAUAUCUACCAUUGUAUCCGACAAAAGUACAGAUUUGUCUAUAAUUUUGAUCUAUGAUUUAUACUGUAUUGAUCCAGUGACACUCUUUGUUCUUUAUCCAUCAUAUUGCCUUGUGUCUGUGACCGGAAAUACCUACUGUAAAACAUGAGUAUGUGGUGAUUGUCAAAUCUGAAUUGGUAUGGAGUAGAUGACAGGUAGGCUGACUCAAUGUGUUUAAAGAAAGUGCAUUUUGUCCUUUAGUCAAACUUAAUUGAUAAGUUCCUGCAUAACGGCUGAUGGUGGAUAUUCAUUCAUUCAUGGUUUGUUGAGAUGAACAUAUCCAUCCUUGUUUUUUAUCCUAUCUGUAACAGUUACCUGAAUAAAGUGAACCCCAGCUUGUUUUGAAUCACA